AGGAAAGGGGCGAACAAAGCCCCUUUUUCUCGGGGCCUCCAGCCGUCCCCGAGUCCGGUCCUUCCCUCUGCAUCGGUCAUCUGGGGGCGCCGUGGGGGUGGGCUCGGAGUGGACACGCCAGCCUUUUUCUGAGGAAUCGGAUCAAGUAAUGGAGAAGAGCAAGCUUCCUCCCGCCCUCCGUGCAGCCCACAGCCCUUUGUGGGGAAUUCGAAGGUGCGCAGUCGGAGCGGGUCGUGCGCCCGGCUCCGGGGAAACUCGGAAAGUGCGAAGCCGGAUCGAGUGGCGCAGAGUGAGAGGAAACGGAAUCAGAAAAAACGACGCGGCGUCAGGGUCGAGGUCCCGGGCUCGGGGCGGGGGAGCGACCGGCGGCGUCCCACCCUUCGUCCUGCGGGGGCGGACCGCCCGCGGUGGGAGGCCGCAGGCGGGAGGCGCGCGCGCGGGGCGGGGUUCCGCCCCCCGGAGGCCGGGGGCCGGUCGGCCGCUGCCCCUGCUCGGCGGGCGGGGCGCCGGGGGCGCGCGGCCACACCUGGGGCUGCGCGUCCCGCGCUUUCCGGAGCGCGACUGGAGUUUGCUGCGGGAACCAGCGAAGGGACCGACGAAUGAAUGACCCCCCUACCAGCAUGGGGGCCCCGGGUCUCCGCGGAGCCACGCACGGCGCGGGCUGCCCUCGCAGCCUGGGGCAAGCGGGGUCCGUUCCGCCCAAGGUGGGGCGCGGGCCCCGCCUGGCCGCGGGAGCCCCGAAUCCCGGGGCAGGCGGACGCCCGGGCGGCGGCCACCAGGACUGCGGGGCCGGGCAGAAUCUGGACUCCUUGUCCAGGGUAAGAGAGAAGGUGCUCUUUCUUCUUCACCCAGAGAGAGGGCUGGGGACUCACGUGGAUCCUGCGCGGCUGGAGGCGGCCGGUGGGGAGGACGGUUCCCAGGCGGGCGGAGACGACCCGGACAGCCCUGCUCCUCGCUUACCACGGCAAAAGCGGGUUCCCGGCGGCCACACGGACCCUCCCGCCGGAGCCCCGCCGCCGGACACCGCAGCCACACCCAAAUCCGUGCUUGUGCGGGUGGUGGAUUAUCAGGUGACACAAGAAGUCCUGUGCACCGCGUGGACGAAGGGCUGCCUGACCUCACGGACAGAGGAGCGCUCCAUGACCAUGGUCACGUUUCGCACCCACAAGGAGUGAGGCGGGUUGUGGGGGCACGGAACCCCGCGCCCUCGGCGCAGGGAGUCCACGCGGCCGAGAGACGAUCUUCCCAGGGCCACAGGGACCUGAUUUCCCAAGGAGAUUAAACAGGAAGGAGGAGCCCCAGGAAUGUUCUGGGCUGAGGGACAAACGGUAAUCCUCAAGAAAAGAAAACGCUCUGCUGCAACCCCAACCUGCAAUUAACCCACGGCAGGGACCUUUAGAGACUGCGCGGGUGCUCGGGGAGGCCGCCGACGGCACCCAGGGCACAUCGAAGACAGAACUGGAAACAACGUAUUACCUCGUCUGUGGCUUAAAUACUGUGAGGGUCUGGAGACCUCCCGCAUUUCACCAGAGGGGAAGAAAAGGUUUUCCUGAUCCAAGCAGAACCCUGUCCUGUGAGGAGCCUAAGGAUCUUCUCCCAUUUGCAGUGUCCUGGGAAUGAGUCCCAAGGGAGCCGUGGGCAUCCUCAAUCCUGAGGUGUCUCCGAGAGUGGCAGGGUCCUGGCUCUCUGCUCUCACCUCCGUCUCACCGGAAAAUGUGGCCAUCUAAAAUUGCCUUAGGUGGAUGAAUCACACCAAGGACUUCCAGAAGCCACCCAUCCCCUCAGGAGACCAAGAGACAAAUAUCACAGUCACAUAAGCACCACGGGUCAGGCAAGUCAAUGUCUUUCAAAAUCUUGGUCCCCCAACUCCACCACUUUUGAGAUUCAUUACAUAUGACUUGCUGCUCUUAUUCUUGUUGGUUCUCACCAGCACUUUGUGGCCUUUUGCUUAGAAAGAGAAAAGGCUUUUUAUUAAAACAAAAAGUUAUAUUCACUGUAGAAAAGUUUGAGGAAAUAUUAUUUUGCUAGGGAAAAGAAAAAUGGAAUAAAAGAAAACAAAAACCCAUGAACCCACAUCUCUUUUCAUAUUUGGUAUGUUUCCAGUCUGGUUUUUUUUUCUUUCAUUCUAUUUUUAUGUAUGAAUACAUACACUUUUCUGAGCAUAAACUAAGUGUAAAAUUGGAGUAUCAUCUUUAUAUGAAACUAACAUAUGCUGAUGCUACUCAAGGAGUAGUCUGCGGACCGGCAGCACAGACACCUUCAGGGAAGUUUCUGGAAAAGCAGAGGUCAGGCCCGGCCCAGACCUACUGAGUCAGAAUCUGCAGCUGCAAGAUCCCCAGGGGAUUCACAGUCGAGUCUGAGAAGCUCUGACAUAAUUGCUGUAUGUAGCCCUGUAUCCUACUUUGUCACUUACAAAAACAAAAAAGUUUUUUACUGUUCGUAGAUUCCCGCUUAAUUGUUAACAAUGCCAUGGAAAUGAUACUUUGUGGAAUUAUGGAAACACUUAGAGAUUACCAAAAAAGUCUAGUAUAUACUGAUUAGUGACUUGGCAAAGAAAGAUCUAAAAAGCUUUGUAAUUUUUUAAAAAGCCUAUGAUUCUCAUGUUUUUCCUAAUAAAACAUUGCUUGAUUA